AUGGAGGAAGUUCAUGACUCAAACUCUAUGAAGGAGAUCACGAAACACUUGGGCGUUGUCGGUUCUACUCACCUUCCUGGACGGGGACCGUGUGAUCCUCACUGUACCUGGUUGGAGACACUACAAGAUAUGACUGCCAACCGAUGUCAGUGGCGUUCUUGUUAUCGGUUUCUAUCCAGAUCGCCUGGCUGCAUGUCUGGAGGCAAGUACCGUGCGGUCUGCUCACUUCAAAAGGACUGGGCUCAGAUUCAUCUAAAAGAUUGGUAUGUUCACUAG